GCUUCACUGUGAAAUGGGAGAGUAAAAUCUGAAGAAUUAUAUCAUGUUUACCUUCUUCUGGACAACUGUGCUUUUCUCUUUGAUGGCUUUCAACACAUAUACAGUUGAAUCCGCCUUGGGAAGACCGUUCUGUUCAAGGGAAUUCUGCAUUACUUUUAAUGAGGGAGAAGUAACAGCCGAGGCUGGACUCUGUGUUGUGAUACCAUGUUCCUUCACCACUCCUGAUGCGUUUACACCAAAAAAUAUCGUGUGGUUCAAAUGUGAAUCAUGGAAAUGGAAAUGUUGGGAAUCUGAAAUAAUAUUUCACAACAACCGAAACAAGGUUCGAUCUGAAUUCUUAGGACGGGUUUCACUGUUGGAUCCUGAUGUGGGCCAGAGAAACUGUAGCAUCAUGAUCAAUGACCUCACCACAUCUGAUUCUGGAUCAUAUGAGCUCAAAGUAAAUGGUCUUUACUAUGGAAAUGCGGAAGGAUUUGUCUUCGGUCAAAGAACAACUGUCUCUGUUAAAGAUCUCAAUCAGAGGCCCACAGUGACUAAUCCUCCACUGACUGAGGGACAACAGGCCAAUCUGACCUGCACUGCUCCUGGUCUCUGCUCCGGUUCUCCUCCUAAAAUCACCUGGAUGUGGAGAGGAAAAGAAGAAAAUGAAUCUAUGAUAGGAAACAUCACUGCGUUAAGAACUGAGAACCUGACUGCUGUCACACAGAGACACAGCUCAACUCUGACCUUUAUCCCUUCAGCUGAACACCACAACAGCAAUAUAACCUGUAAAGUCAGCUUCACAGGGGACAUAACCACUGAGGAGACUUUGAUUCUAAAAGUAAACUAUAAAAGAAAACCUCACAUCACUGGAAAUACAACUGUGAAGGAGGGAGAUACUCUGAAUCUGACUUGCAGUAUUGACAGUUUCCCUCAGUCACUUGUCGUGUGGACCAAGCAUUCACCAAGUGGAAUUCACCUCCAUAAUGACACUGGAUCGGCAACGCUUGUCGUUUCAAAUGUGACAGCUGAGGAUUCUGGACAAUAUUUCUGCACAGCAAUUCAUCUGGGCAGCAUGGUGUCUGUUUCCGCUGACGUAAAAGUGACUUGGUUUUCAGAGAUCCUAGAAGGCUCUGGAUGUGUGCUUCAGUCAAUGCUCCUGACCUGUGUGUGUAUCGCUAAGGGGUUUCCUCUGCCCACCAUAACAUGGCCGCUGCUGAAGGACCACAGCAAGUACUCUGUUAUUAACACAGUGUCAAAUCACACUGUCAACACCACUGUCACCAUAUCCCUGGAACAACACCAGAAUAUCAGCGUUGAAUGUUUUAGCAGCCAUGAAAACGGAGAAGCGCAAAAAAACCUCACCGUCCAACAAGAUGUCUUAGAAAAAGAAGACAUUCAGUCCAAAAGGAUUUCAAAAACAGUUUUCAGGCUGGAAGUCAUUGUUGCCUUUCUGAUUGGGGUUCUGCUUUCAGCCAUAAUUUGUUGCGUGGCCCAAAAAUGCAACAGAAAACCACUGAAGAUCCCUGCCAAUGUGCAUGAAACUCUGAAGAUGGUUCCUCCAGAUGGUCCAAUGAUAAAUGACGGUCAAGCAGUUCAAAAUGACAAAAGCAACGACCAAGAGGCAGCUGAGAAUGGAGCUGUGGCUGCAGAGAGGUGUUCGUCGGACGUGAGCAACGGUCCGAAAGAUGUACAGUAUGCCAGCAUCAACUUCUCCGUUCUGAGGAGAAGGAGGGAAAGAGAAGAAGCAAAGGAACGGGGAAGUACAUUGACAGAAUAUGCCGAAAUUCAAACAGAAGCAAAAGAGCAAAGGAAAGAUGAUAGUAAAGAGGCGAGUGAGACAAUGGAGGGCAAAGAGGAGGAUUUGAUGACAGAACAUUGUGCGGAGAUAAAACAUUGUGUCUCAGAGAAACAGGGAGAAGUGGAUGCAGUUUACUCCACUGUGAAAGAUAUCUUAGAUGAGUAACUGUGGGCAGCUUUAUGUUCAAAUACAGCUAACUGUGAUGUAAUACCACUUCUAAUACAAAUUUCCUUAACUGGCUCUCAGCACACAACCCCAAAAUUUUGAUUUUGCAGCCAUUUAAACUGUUCUAAUUGCCUUUCAUUUUGUUUUGAUUCUCUUUUUUCUUAUUCACUAUCAUGCCUUUUAUCCUUUCGGCCGUCUUUUUGUUUGUCAAAACUGUAAUUUUUAACUGUAUUUAUUGUCCUGUGCUCUGUUAUGAUCUUUUUUAACCUUUGUCGCUUGACUUUCAAGUCUUUUAGCAUUUUUGGCUGAUUUAGCUUGUAAAGCAUGUUGUGCAGUAUUAGAUGUUGAAAAUGUGCUAUAUACUGUAAAUAAAUCUGACCUUGACCUUUGAGAGGAAUCCCACCCAUAUUUAUGUUAGCCUGACCAGCCAGACUAACUUAUGAUAUGUGUAUUCAUUAUACGGCUCGUCAGUCUGGACAGGCUCAGACUCUCCGGUCUAAAACUUCCCGGACCAAUUAUAGCACGGGAGGUGGGAUUUUAUGAUGUGUCACUCUUUACCUAUAAUUCAGCAGUGCUUUUCUGUAACCAUAACAGUGAGGAUGGUGGCUGCAAUGGAACAAUGUUUUAAUGAUGCUCUUUAUUAGGUCCUGAAAGAACUGGAUAUUAUCUUUUAAAAACUCAACAAGAGCUUGUUGCUUAGAUUUUGAGUCACAUUCGUAGUUAUCAGAUUGGUUCUAUCCUGUUUCCUGACCUCAAAAUUGGGCUCUAGCGGCAGCUUCCAAGACUGGCCGGCCAGGCUAAAGAUAUGUAGUGAUCCUUCCUAAAAACUCAUUGCAUGGUGAGGAAUAAAGAGGUAGAAUAGGAGGAGGAAAAGAAGAUGAGUUGGUUUGGGCUCAGAACCACUGACCAGAGGUCACUCAGAGGAGCAAUUCCCAGAUUUAAGAUGGGAUAGGUAAGAUUUAAGGUUUUAAAAUAUCCUUUUGAGUUCCUGAAAUCUGUGUUAUGCGAUGAUGUCUGAAAGAAUAUUUCUGGCACUGAAAUAUGGAUUCAAUUUGUAAAAUUGUGUUACGUCUUUAUAGUUAAAAUUUAAAAAACUUUGAUGGCAACAUCUUUCCAAUUUUUGGAAAACAACAUUUCCAAAAACAUCUAAAGCAUCUUAUUCAAUAAUAAUAACUGAUAUAUGCGCAGAAUAGCACAGCAUGCAGAAAAGCAAAAAAAAAAAAAAUUCAUGAGCACCCUGGUGUGUUGCGCCUUAAUGAUGGGCGCACUUGUUUGUUUAUUUUUUAAUCUAAGGAGGAGUUUGUUGUUGUCGGAUUUGAACUAAACCCCCUUUUCCAUCCUUCUCUGUUUUGGGUUAAAGCUCAGACUAGCUAGGGUUCUAAAGACAUCUGAAUCUAAUGAGUAUUACCCUGUUUAGAAUUCCUGUGAGACCUUUUUAAGGUUUCAGGGAAGAGUUAGUUGAGUGACGUGAACCGUUGGUACAGGCUGGGAUAAAAUGAAUGGAAGAACAUGCAGAAGAUGCAAAGGUCUUCCAUUUGGGUACAGGUGGUGAAGUGGGAGAGUGAUGCAGACGCACUUUGCAGGUUUUGACAUCAGAGCUCCCAGUCAGCAUCGGCAUUAGUAUGACAUCAACCUGGGGAUGGUGUUGGACCCAUCAGUUCUGUCAUAAUUUGCCAGAGUUCGUUUAAUGCAUGCCAUUAUUAAUAUUUGUACAUAUGUUGUUUGUUUUUUUCCGUUGUGGACUUUUUCCUUCAUUUACUGCUGAUAAACUUGAAUUACC